UGGCAUUUUACCGUGGUGCUGAUUGCUGCUGUUUGGUGUAUGACAUAACUAAUCCCAAGAGUUUCGAGAGUCUGGAUUCCUGGCGGGAUGAGUUCCUCAUACAGGCGUCGCCUAAGGAUCCAGAGGAGUUCCCAUUUGUGGUAGUCGGGAAUAAAUUGGAUAUGGAGGCAAAGCGAAAAGUAUCGAAGGCAAGAGCGACUACUUGGUGCAGAUCCAAGGAUAAUAUUCCGUGUUUCGAGACUAGCGCCAAGGAUUCCCUGAAUGUUGAGCAGGCCUUCAUUGAAAUUGCACGACGGGCGCUGCAGAACGAGGCGGCAAUGGCUAAGGAGCAGGAACAAAUGUAUUUAUCCCAAACACUUAACUUGAAUAAUCCUCCGGCCGACAAUCAGAGCUCUAAUGUGCAGCAAUGCGAGUGCUAG